AUUUAAAGUAGAGGUAAAACCAGAAACAUCUAGGUUGUGCCAUGCACCUUCGUCACAAUUGAAAGAUAAGAGCGCUGCUAAAAUGCGGCGAAGAAUAUCCUUGGGAGUAAUUUAUUUUGAUUCCAUUACUUUUUCGUCGUGAAAUAACAACUGUUUACUGCUGAUAGUCAUGUAGCGUUAAUUCUUUUUUAUGUUUUGUCAAGUCAAGUCUCUACAAAGGCCAAUUUCUCGUUCAAGAUUGCUUUAAUUCUCCAUACAGUACUUAUUAAUGCUGUAUCAAGUCUGUAUUAAAUCUCUAAUAUGCAACAUGGUGUGAUAGAUGUUCAAUCAAGCUUAAUUUAACCACUAAACUGGCCCCAUUCAUCAAAACUGCACAGAGAUAAUUCCAUAUAAACUCUACGUCAUCACUGCAAUUUGGUAUAUUCCUAUGAAGCCAAAACGAGACUGCAUUGUAGAUGUGCAAUGCAGUCUCGAUAGUUUAUUAAGACUUCUAGUUUAAAUUUAUACAAAUUCGCUAAAAUCCCCAUAAAAUCUACAUUAUGCCUCCUGGCUUGAUAGACGCAGCUAGCUUGUAUCAUUAAUUUAAAGCUCUUUCAUGCAUGGAAAUAACAUCAUAUAAAAUGUACAUUUUCUCUGAGAUCUAAUGAUUUGAGUUUAUGUGAAACUUUUAAUUUAAAAUGAGUUUUAUAUUUAAUCCCUGAGCGCCUCUUUGUUUUAAAACGGGUAUUUUAUCAACGUUUAUGAAUUCAAACAGUUCAAGGUCAUGAAUAUACUCCCAAUUAAUUUUACCGCUUCUUAUAAAUCCAUUUCAAAAUGUUAAUUCAUAAGAUGACAAAAUAAAUAUUAUAUGCUGAUAUGGAAUUAAAAUACAAGAUCUUUCACGGGGUCAUUCAGGACGGAUAUUAAAAAUAGGCAUUCGAGACUUUAUUUUAUAAUAUUUAAAUGGUAACGAUUUAACUAUUAAACUGUUACAAUAUUAGAAUGUGUUUAUAAAUAAAAAAUGACGUUGAAUGUUUAAAAAUACGUUGUAAGUAUAGAUUACGAAAUAACGGUUGUAAUUUCAAGAUGUUUGGGUUCAUUCAUAAUCUGUUUCACCAAACAUUCCAAAAAAUUCCUUUCAGUACAAUGGGACAAGUUCUCCACGAAGUAAAAGUACCCGUCCAAAAGGCUACUUUUGGAAUGGGAUGUUUUUGGUCUAACGACGCUUUAUUUGGUGGCACAAAAGGUGUUAUAAGAACCGUCGUGGGAUACUCAGGAGGAAAAUUUCCAAACCCAACUUAUAGAAACUUAGGUGAUCACACCGAAGUAAUCCAAAUCGAUUUUGACCCAAAAACCAUAACCUAUGAAAAUUUAUUAAAAUUGUUUUGGGAAAAUCACGAAUAUGGAGUAACAACAGUGAUUAAAAGACAAUAUAUGUCUUUAAUAUUGUAUCAUGACGAGGAACAACGGAAAAUAGCUGAGCAAUCUCUUAAAGAGGAAAUGAAAAAUCAUAAAGGAAAAAUUACAACAGAAAUAGCACCCGCUGGGGCGUUCUAUCCUGCUGAAGAUUACCACCAAAAAUAUAGGUUGCAAAAACAUGCAGUUCUUUGUCAGUCUAUUAAUUUAACACCACAGUUAUUACAAACAUCGUAUGCUGCUGCUAAAUUAAAUGGUUUCUUAGCUGGAGUUGGUGAUAAAAAAACUUUUGACGAUGAACUAAAGCAACUCGGUUUAUCUCAAAAAUUAAAUGAGUAUGUUAAGAAGCAGUGGGAAGAUAAUCAUGGAAAUGGAUUGUAUUGUUAAAUUAAACUUUAUUUUUAUUUUAAUAAUGUUUUUAUAAUAAAUUAAUAACAUCAUAUA